UUAGACCCUCCAGUGGAGCCUGUAGCUUGACAGCGCAGAUGUGGUCUAGGUCGGCUUCCUCUGUGGAACUUCACGGACCUGUUUCCGAAUCCGUCAACAGGAUUAAGGGGAAUUCUCAGACUUGCAUGAUUCUUCUUAUUCAUAUGAUUUAAUCUACCGUGGUCUAAGACUGGAGCUAAAGAAGUCAAGCGGACGCUUUUAUCCAAAGUGACAUAACCAUGAGGAAUAACAUUCAAGCAACAUUGCAUAUUGCACAUAUUGUAAGGGGUUGCUGUCUGUGUCUCAGGAGGAGACAGAAGCCAUGGAUGUGCAUCCACAGGCAGAGGGGGCUGAGGUUGGACGGGAUCGGCCCAAGAGUGUGGACAAUCUUCAGAACCACUGUCUCCAGCAUGCCACAAAGGAAGCAGAGGAUGAGCGCAAAGAAGCUCCUCUCUCAGGCAGACCAGACCAGAGCAGCAGUAAUGAGUCUAUAACAGAUGUGGGCUGUACAAAUGAUGACACUCUCCUCCUUCCAAAUCAUAAACCCAUAAUCUCACAGACAGUAGACAAAGAUGAUCCGCACUUACAGAACCCUGUGGUAUCCAAUCAGCCGGUCGCUCAACCCCUCCAAGAGGGUGUGGCCAACGGAGCCCCACCCAUCUGUACCCCUCCAGCGGCCUCUGUUGUCCUGGUGAAGCCUGGUGCAGCGUCACCACAGAAGUGCAAUGGGCACAGCCUUCACCACCAUCACCCACACAAGAAGCGUCUGCCGUCCACCACCAAGAGCCAGCAGAGCUUCAAAACCAAUGCUGCCCAGAUCCAGGAGGUGGCUGGAGACGACUGCUGUGUCCACUGCGUGCUGGCGUGCCUUUUCUGCGAGCUGACGUCCCUGUGCUCCGUGUUUGCCCAGUGCCUGACGUGCGGCGGCCUGGGCUGCGAGGCGCUGUGCUGCUGCGGGGAGGCUGCCACCGGAGGCCUAGCCUGCGGCGAGGACGCCUGCUCAGCCCUGUUGGAUUGUGGGAUACUGGAGGACUGCUGCCAGUCCUCGGACUGUCUAGAGAUCUGUUUGGAAUGCUGUGCGAUCUGCUUCCCUGCCUAAACUCAGUGUUACAUGGUGGAAUUCAUUCCAAGGGCUAAGUACUAAGGAGUAACUGAGUAUUGUGGAAAAAUAGCAUUCUUUGGCAUGGCUCUCUUAUUUAUUUUAAUUUGUUUGAAUGUAGUUGAAAAACAGGGUUGAUUCAAAAGUAAUGUUAGACAGAGACUCUUUUUGUCCGAACUAAGCCCUAAAUGCCCCAAAUGUUCAUUUGAUGAACCCAUGAAUCCCACAGACAUGUAUGGUAUGUUUUAGAAAAUGUCAUACCAACGCUGAGAAGCACACAGAUGCCCAACUGGGCUGUUGAGAAUUAGUCACAUGAAAAUGAACCAAAAAGUAAUGGCAUCACAUGUGAUUGCUCAAAUUCUCCGCAUAUGUCCCUGUGAAUAUUUAUCUGCUGCAGAAAGUAGUAAAAAUGUAUUUUUGUCUUUUUGUA